GGCAGCUAAACCCGACUCGAGAGGAAACCAGGCGGCUGCGGGUGUUUCAGCGUGUUCUCCUCGCCUCUGAUGCACCAUGAUGCGCAGAAACAGCCAGACGGCGCUCGCCGUGCUGCUCGCCCUGCUCUCCGGCCUCGGCGUGGCGUCUGAUCAUGUAAACGGGACAGUCGGGGAGAAUUUAAACCUAACAUUUGAAUUUUCACACGGCGACAGCAUUAGUGCUGAGCAGAAAUUCAACGUGUACAGAAACGAGAUGAAGAUCGGACACUUUCCAAACACCGUGAACCUCUGCAAUUCAUCUGCUGUAGGACCCAAGCAGAACUUGUGUGUCACUAAACCACCUGCAAGAAAAACAACUUUGCUCUUCACGAAUCUGACGGUGAAUGACAGCGGGGUUUAUCACCUGACUGUGUUUGCGGAGAACCAGAUUCAACUCAUUAUUAGCAGUACCAGAGUUAAUCUGACUGUUCAUCCAGGACUGAGCGUGACGACAGUUUCAGCUCCGACGUCCUCCACCAACAACAACAGCUCCUCAAUCAAGAGUCAACCAGAAAUGAUCUCUCGCUAUUUAAUCUUCAGCACACUAGUGUUCACGCCAGUUCUCCUGCUGGCGGGCCUUCUAGUUUGGUUCUGCCGGACUUACAGAAGAAAAUCAGAUGACACACCUGAUCUGAACGCCCACGCAGCACAGCAGGGGACCUGCCCGGUGUCCACCUCUAUGCCGUCAGUCAGCUGUGUCGAAUACGGAGUUCUAGACUUCCAGAGCCGCCCGAAUCGUCCCGAGAGACACAGCAACCCAGAGGCGGCUGAUGGGGGUGUCGAAUACGCUGCUAUAAUGUUCCCCCCACAGAAAAAAAGAACAUGAGUGAGGGGGAGAGAGAGCACGAUGAGGUUUUUUUGCUGAGCCAGAAAAGCUUUAAAAACAACACAGAACUCUUCACCAUCUUUAUUCAGCCACACAAACACACACAGCGCGCCUUCAAGCGCCGGAACCGCCGAGCUCUCGUCCGCCGACGCUUUAUUACUCUGCUGCACUUUACACCUGCAGAAAAGACUGAACGGCCUCGCCGGCAGGAAGUGAGAAUGUGGCAGAGGAAGUUACUGUAAAUGCAAUAUUUUAGUGCUAAUUUGGGAGAAACAUGAGUAUAAAUAAUUCACAGAUUUGUAAGAUGUGAUUGUGAAUGUCUCCCCACUGUAAGUGUGCGGUGCUGUAAUGACUCAGUGUUUUAGAGAAGCAACAACCACAAAAGCCCCUGGUGAGAAACCCCCAGAGCCACGCCGCACGGCUCCUCGCCAGCGGCUGCCUUUCACACACAUGGUGUUGGAGCUUUUAUGUAAUAUAAUAAACACUAUAUUCACACCUCAGA